CAACGUCAAGGUUAAAUUUUAGGUGGCUUCGGCUUUCUUACACCGCUCUUUACUAAUUGUGACGCCUACAUAUGAGUAUGGAUUGCCCUGCCGUGAAUUUCCAUGGCAUUGAACUACAAUCUCACGAGAAAGGGGAUAGUAAACAGAAUUCUUUUUGUGCCCUCCGAACCCCUUCCAAUCUAGAGGAACAUGAGAUACUCACUUCUUCUGGUUUAUACCAACGGGUUUACGUUCAACCUAAUAAGAAUAAAACUGCAAUUAUCACUUAUCAUGAUAUUGGAACUAAUCAUACAUCCUUCCUUAGUCUAUUCAAUAAUCCUGAAAUGCGUGUAAUUACUGAAAAUUUCACAGUUUAUCAUAUAUGUGCUCCUGGACAUCAUGAAAAUGCAACAAAUAUUAGUUUUGGAUUGAUCCCUAAAAUAACACCAUUAUCACCUAAUGAUGAACCUGGUCAAGAUCAAGUAUUAUUAUCAUCACAGCCAGAUAUACAAAAACAACGUCAAUCAAUUUCAUCAGUUACUGGUAGUAGAGGAAGUAUUUUUGAAGCAGUUCGUAGAAGAUCUUCACUAUUGAUGAAUCGGUCUCGUUAUCCGAAUAUGGAUCAGUUGGCUGAUAUGAUCACAUCGGUCCUUGUUCAUUUUGGAAUAAACUAUUUUUUGGGUUUUGGAAUGGGAGCUGGGUCAAAUAUUCUUGCUCGUUAUGCACUUCGUUAUCCAGAUCAAGUAUUGGGAUUAUUCCUUAUCAAUCCAAAUGCAUCAACUCAUGGUUAUUAUCAAUGGUUCCGUAAUGUUUGGUCUGAUUUACCUGCACUUGAACGCGGUGUACUAACUGAUAAUUUAAUGAGUCAAUUAGAAGCUCAUUGGUUCGGAUUUGGUUUAGUUGAAAAUGCUGAUGUAGCUAAUUUUUAUGAAUCAUUAACACGAAGUUUAAAUCCAGCUAAUUUAGCUGGUUAUAUACGUUCUUAUGUGGAUCGUACACCAUUACCAUUGGUUCGACCAAUACUUGGUCCUCCAAUGCCUGAUGCUCAAACAAAUCCAAAUGAAGAACCAACAGUUAUACUUACUGAAGUAUGUUUAGUAACUGGUGAUCGCGCUGUGGAAUUGUCACGUGCCUUAGCUGAUAUGAAUGGACGUAUGGAUCCGAAACGUACACAAUUUCUUAUGAUGCCUGAUUGUACUGGUAUGGUGAUGGAAGAGAAUCCUAGCAAGUUGAUCAUGAACUUUUUACACUUCUUGCGUAGUAUUGGACUUGUUGUCAAUCUUACGCCAGAGAAAAUGCGUCAACUAGCAACAGAUUUACAACAAUCUAUGCUUGAAGAAUUACCUGAAACAUGUUUACCAGCUAAAUUGGUUGUGGAACCGGAAGUUUGAAAAAUUGAUGAUGACGACGACGAUACCAGAGAGAGAAAGAGCAGUAUACUGAUUGACAAUGUAUGUGAUCAUAAUAUUAUAAUAUUCACUGUGUUUGUUUUUUUAUUAUUCACUUGUCAUUAUUACACAUUAUAUUUCGUCUUGUAAACCAUUAAUUUUGAAUUCACUAAAGAAUCAUUUUUAAUGCAAUAAUAAUAAUAGUAAUAAUAGUAAUACUUACAUUCAUGCCGUAAAAGCGCAUUUCACUAACUUAACAAACUGAUUAGUUAGCUGGUUUCUAACCUUGACUUUAAUUAAAAUUAUAUAUAAUCUAUCACUUUUUAUAUUUUCUUUCAUUUUUGGUUUAAUUGACUUGUAUCAUUGGUAUCAAUAUACGCACAGGUUAUCAUUACUGGUAUCGUUUAUUCACUGUAGUAUUUUGUUACCCUUUUCAUGACAUGAACGGAUAAUACAAAAAGAAGUGUCGAAUUUAACUAAGUAUUCAUUCACUCAUUAUCAUCAUUAUCGUCAUGAUGAUGAUGUUUAUGUGAUGAUUGUUUUGUUAUCAAUUUCGUUUUUUUGAUUAUCAACUUUUCUUUAUGUUCGUUUUCUUAUUUCAUAUUAUCACUUUAUGAAUUUAUAUUAAUUUCUUCAUUGUCAAUAGCAUUUUACUUUUAUAUUUCAAUAUUCAAUUAUUUCUUUAUUCAUUCGUUAAACUACUCUUAUGAUUAUUAUCAUUCAAUUAUAAUACUGCAUAUGAAAUUUCAAAUGGUUUUAAGGAUUUACUCUGAUGGAUUUCUUUCAUUAAUCUCCUCUCUCUCUCUUCCUUACACACACACACACACACACGUAUAUAUACAUACUAAUUUCAUUCCUGGUUAGAGUUAUUCAGUGUAUUCAUUUAGUAGAUGAAUAUAAUACCUACUUAAUUAAGUAGUAUUCUAAUUAUUUGGUUGUAUGUUAGUAUAGACUGUGAUGAUAUUCUUGAUACUUUGUGUUUUUUUCUUUUUUUUCUUCAUAAUUUCGGUUUGUUUUGAAGUUACUGUUGUUGUUGUUGCUGUUGUUGUUUUUCUUCUUCUAAAGACAAUAUUCACAUUGUAUUGAGUAAUUACUGUUAGUGUAAUAGUAGUAGUCUGUUUGAUGUGAGUUUUGUUUUGUUUUUCUUUCUUUUGGAAAACAUUAUUCUUCUUUUUUUUCAAGCAAUAAUUUUAAUACAAUUAAUCAUUUCAUAAAUUGAUGAAUAAUUUUUGUGUGUUUCUAUUGUCUUUGAUGUAAUGAGAACUGUAAGUCGAAUAAGAACUACACUAGUCUAAGUUAGAGUUUAUGAUGAAUUGUCAUUUGAUUUUACAACUUUAAGUGAUAUUCAACAAGGUUGUUCACUAUCUUCAUUUCUGUUCAAUUUCAUCAUAGACCAUCUACUGAUAGAAAUAACAUUCUCGUCGUCUGUAUUCUCGGGUAUUGAUCUCCUUCCAAAAGGUUCACUUAUAGACUUAGAAUACGCAAUUGACAAAGUUCUGUUUGAUGAAGACGCCGAUAAAAUGUGGUUUUUUGAUAGCACU